ACGCGAUAUGUUGCGUUUUUUUUUCAGAAAACAAUGAUGCAUAUAUCCCCUCUUGUAGGAAGUACUGAUGCAUGAGUGAGGGAAAAGACUUUUAUUUUAAAAUCAUCCACCAUGUUAAAAUUGUGCUGAAGAUUCGUGCUGUCACUGAGGGCAGGAGAAAUUGUUCUUAUUAAUUCUGAUCAAGGUCAAUGACUUAUCAACGAUGAAUGUAAAAGCAGGCAGUACUUUAAUAUUCGGGUCUCUGCGUCCGUGUUAUACACACGCUCGUCUGUCUUUAACCAGUUCCUGUCGAGGUCAUGGACGAAGCGCGAGCCAAGCUCCCAAACAAGCCGAACGAGCAGAGAGGACUGGAUUCAGUCCAGCAGCAACAUCAAAACAUGACUGGAUCGGUCCCCCAGACAGACUGUCAAACCUGCGGCCGAUCAUAUAUCACAUCCCAGAGAAUGAGACCCCGCAGGAGAGGAGGCUGAGGCGUCUGAGACAGGAGACUGAAGACUGGAACCACGAGUUCUGGACCAACCAAAACUUCACAUUUAGCAAGGAAAAGGAAGAAUAUGUGAGAUCACAACUGUCAGCUAAAGGGUUGUCAGAGAGAGAUGAGGACGGAAGGAAAAGGACUUUAAGCAUCGAGGAAAUGGCAGUAUUUUACAAACACUUUUUAGACAAAAACAUUGGAAGACAUGCCAGUUAUAACAGGGAAUGGUAUAGACGGAACUUCACCAUUACACUUCUGAUGGCGAAGGUAGCUCUAGACAACACAUGGAGGACACUGACUGGACAGACGAGGGGAACCGGACGGGAGCAAGGCAAAACUACAUGAAAUAAAAAUAAAGACACUGCUGAUUUGGUAUUAUCUCAAUGUGGAAGUGAAAGCACUGAAGUUCAGAGCAAAGAUUGCAGCAAAAUCUGGAACUGUUGUGAAAUACUGAAGAUGCUUGUGUGCCUGUGUUUGUAAAUAUGAGAGUGUAUGCAGCUCAGCACGCUAGAUUUUCCAUUCUCAAUUUUCGACGGAGAAGCUGUCAGUUUUUAUAAUCCGAGUGUGAUAACCCUUCAAAACCUGAUAGUAACUGCAGCUACACGUGGAGUGGAAAUAUGUGCGGUUCUGUAAAAGCCUUAAAAAAGCUACAGCCACGUUUUAAAGCGAUAAAGCACCCAAAACUGAACAUUUCAUUAACAUUUACUCACCCUCAUGCUAUUAAAAAACUCUGCCUUUUUUGCAUGACUUUCUUCUGUGUAACAUAUUUUGAGAAAUACAGAUUUGCAAUGACAUGAGUGAUUUGAUUCUGACAUUUGGUUUUAGUUUUUCAAUUUUCAUUUUUUUUGUUAACUGUAAUAUUAAUCUAAGUAAGUUUAUUCAUUUAUUUUAUUAAACAUAACACCUAAAAUAUUUAUUUUAAAGCUAAUAUCGUGAUCGAGUAAAAGUUUGUCUCUGUGAAAUCAAACAUGAUUUUGGGAAAUGUUUGGUAAAAAAACAAAAACAAAAAUGGGAUAGUAAAAUAAAUUGGAAAUAUAAACUAUGGGCCAGUUUUUCUCAGAAUAGUAUGAUGCUCAGUAUUAACAAACAAAAUGGCAAAUGCUUUGUUUAUGAAAUUUAUUAAAUAAAGCUACAAGGUUAAUAGUAAAAUGUACAAAAAUUAUAAUUUCAGCUAAUAUCAAAAGCUCGAGUUAUCUGAUAAUAACUAAUAUUGCAUACAUAAAAUGAAAAUAAUUUAAAAAUACAGCAAUGUGGAUUAGAUAUGACAAAUUCUAUUAAUGAAAUGUACUAAAUGAUAAGGAAAAUAAACCAAAACUAUCAAUGCCA